AUGGAAAACGACCCGAAUAACACAACGGCGGGUCGCGAGACUGGACGGUGCAUGUCGGUGGCGGCGAUGCAGGCGCUGCACCGACUGCGCGAGUGCCGGUUGCUCUGCGACGCAAUAGUGCGCGCAGACGACGGCGCCGCCUUUCCUGUGCACCGUGCCAUACUCUCAGCCUGCAGCCCAUACUUCCUGGCACUAUUUACAACAACGUUGCACUCUCGCGAACAAAGCGACGUGCUGAUAUCGGGCGUGCGGUCCGAAAUCCUGCUGCUGCUAAUUGAGUAUGCGUACCUGCGCCGCAUCGAGGUCACCGACGCGAAUGUUCACGAGUUGCUCAUGACCGCGGACUACCUCGCCUUCCUCGGUGUGCUGCAGCUGUGCUGCGACCAUCUGAGAGCCUCUCUCAAUCCUAAAAACUGUCUCGGAAUUAUGAUGUUUGCGAGUUUUCUAUUUUUCAGACGUGUGUUUUGUUAUAAGCUCGAGGCGGAUGCUAGACGUUAUUUGUUGCGUUAUUUCGUGACAGUAGCGACUCAAAGCGAUGAGUUCCUCCACCUGCCUCUCGAAGAACUCAACUCUAUUAUACUAGAAGAUGAACUUAACGUUAAGAGCGAGGAAGUGGUCUGGGAAGCGGUGCUUCGCUGGGUCAAUUAUGAUCCAGAUAGUCGUUGGCAGCACACCGUCAAACUGAUGGGCAGCAUACGACUCGGACUACUGGAUACACAAUUUUUCUUAGAAAACGUAAAGGACCACCCAUACGUAACUGGCAAUGAAGGUUCACGGCCAAUUAUUAUUGAAACUUUAAAGUUCCUGUACGACUUGGAGAUGAUUGCUCAGAGAGACGGUGAAGUCGCUACGCCGGAGAUUGCUCGCCCUAGAGUCCCACACGAAGUUCUAUUUGCAAUCGGUGGAUGGAGCGGAGGAUCCCCGACAGCUUUUAUUGAAACAUACGACACGAGAGCUGAUAGGUGGAUAAAGGUUGAAGAGGUAGACCCCGCAGGUCCGCGAGCAUAUCACGGCACAGCUGUUCUAGGUUACUGCAUAUACGUGAUCGGUGGCUUCGAUGGAAUGGACUAUUUCAACUCGUGUCGCUGUUUCGACGCGGUUUCCAAGUCUUGGCGUGAGGUAGCACCAAUGAAUGCACGUCGUUGUUACGUGUCUGUGGCGGUGCUGGGAGAGACAAUAUACGCGAUGGGCGGGUACGACGGCCACCACCGCCAGAACACGGCGGAGAGGUUCAACCACCGCACCAACCAGUGGUCGCUCGUCGCACCCAUGAACGCGCAACGAUCAGACGCAAGCGCAGCGGCUCUAGACAAUAAGAUAUACAUUACGGGAGGUUUUAAUGGCCAGGAAUGCAUGAACAGCGUGGAGGUGUACGAUCCGGAUACGAAUCAGUGGACGAACCUGGCGCCCAUGCGGUCCCGCCGGUCCGGCGUCUCAUGUAUCGCUUACCACAACAAGAUUUACGUAAUUGGAGGUUUCAACGGUAUCUCUCGAAUGUGUAGCGGCGAGGUGUACGACCCCGCGGCGAACACCUGGUCGCCAGUACCAGACAUGUACAAUCCUCGCAGCAACUUCGCUAUAGAAGUCAUCGAUGACAUGAUCUUCGCUAUAGGAGGGUUCAAUGGCGUCACCACCAUAUACCAUGUCGAGUGCUACGACGAGAGGACCAAUGAGUGGUAUGAAGCGACAGACAUGAACAUCUACCGGUCGGCUCUGUCUGCGUGUGUGAUCAUGGGUCUGCCGAAUGUGUACGACUACAUACACAAACACCGGGAGCGGCUCAUGGAGGAGAAGCGACAGAAGAUCCUUCUGUCAGAGACUGCGCGCCAUGGACAGCAUCGCACUGCAUUGCCUGAUGUUCACCUGAUGGAAGACAACGAUGACAUGCUGGAGCAACUGGGGCUGAUGGAGAACCAAGCUGCCAACAAUGAUGCGCCGGCGCCGCCACCACCACCGCCGCCCCCACCGCCACCUUUACCCCCUCAGCCUAUGGAGCAAGAUUAG